UUGCGGUGUGUGGGAUCAGUGCUCGGGGUGCAGUCAUGGCGGACAGCGCCAGCGAGAGUGAUACUGACGGAGCGGGGAGCAGCAGCUCGGCCACGCCGCUUUCCUCUUCUUCCUCCACGGCCGCCGCUCCGCCUGCAGCCCGCGAUGGCAAACAGGGUGUGUUUAUCUCGGCGUUUCGCCUGGAGGAACUGACCAACCGACUGGCGUCCCUGCAGCAGGAGAACAAAGUGCUGAAGAUCGAGCUGGAGACGCUCCGGCUGAAGUGCAAGUGUCUGCAGGAGGAGAACCGCGACCUGCGUAGGGCCAGCGUCACCAUCCAAGCGAGGGCGGAGCAAGAGGAGGAGUUCAUCUCUAACACCUUGUUCAAGAAGAUCCAGGCUUUGCAGAAGGAGAAGGAGACGCUCGCCGUGAACUAUGAGAAGGAGGAGGAGUUCCUUACGAAUGAUCUGUCUCGGAAACUCAUGCAGCUCCAGCAUGAGAAAGCCGAGCUGGAGCAGCACUUGGAGCAGGAGCAGGAGUUUCAAGUCAACAAGCUCAUGAAGAAGAUCAAGAAGCUGGAGAAUGACACCAUCACCAAGCAGCUCACCUUAGAGCAGCUGCGUCGUGAGAAGAUUGACCUGGAGAACACAUUGGAGCAGGAGCAAGAGGCGCUGGUUAACCGGCUUUGGAAACGUAUGGACAAGCUGGAGGCUGAGAAAAGAAUCCUGCAAGAGAAGCUGGACCAGCCGGUGUCGGCCCCGCCCUCCCCGCGGGACAUUUCCAUGGAGAUCGACUCACCUGAGAACAUGAUGCGGCACAUCCGCUUCCUAAAGAGUGAGGUGGAGAGACUGAAGCGCAGCCUGCGCACGACCGAGCUGCAGCACACAGAGAAACGAGCGCAGUACAUCGAAGAGGAGCGACAGAUGCGGGAGGAGAACAUGCGUCUGCAGAGGAAGCUGCAGCGGGAAAUGGAGAGGAGAGAGGCUCUGUGCAGGCAGCUGAGCGAGAGCGAGAGCAGUCUAGAGAUGGACGAUGAGAGAUAUUUUAACGAGAUGUCUGCUCAGGGACUGCGAGCUCGUACAGUGUCCAGUCCAACCCCUUACACCCCCUCUCCCUCCUCCAGCCGCCCCAUCUCUCCAGGAUUGUCGUACGGCAGUCACACGGUGGGAUUCACUCCCCCGGCCACACUGAGCAGGCCCCCACACGCACACUACACACCCCCUGGACUGCACAUCCACCCUGGACCCUCCCACGGAGUUCAGAGGCCCUCUCCAAGGAGAAGCAGCAGUCCGGAUAAGUUUAAGCGCCCGACGCCUCCUCCUUCCCCGAACACACACUCCGGAGCCCAGCAGCCUCCUCCUCCUCCUCCACCACCCACUCAGCCAGGGGCUCCAUCCGGCUCCUCGCACCCUCCUGCUCAGCCUUAACCCAUGCAUGGCAGCACGCUAGGCUACAGCACACAGCGACUCAACAAUCUGCGAAGAGAAACAGUUGGACCGGGAAGUUUAAACGAGACAGAUAUUGAUGAUUUUGUAAACCGACAGAAAACGUGACCACAACUCCAAUCAUGUCAAGGGUUUUGAUGUAGAAUGAAUGACGGGAUUGUUUGGUUAUUUUUUUUAAGUUGCUUUCUGGCACUGGCUUUCAUUUCCAUAAAAAAUUUGCAACGAGUCAAAUUACUUUCAGCUAAACAAAGAACACAAAUAUUCUAACUGGAACAAAACACUGUGGAUUUGUUUACCAGUGCAAAAAGUGACUAAAAAGAUUAAGUUCAGGCGUUAUGGUGGCGCUUUUGUGCAAGUUUGAUUGUUCGUUUUUUGUUGUUUUUUUUUUACGGUGUUUGUGUGUAUAAAACUUGUGUGUAGAAAGUAAAGACAGGGGCAGGAACGAGACUUUAAAACAGCACUUGUUGCCUAUUUGCAUGUGUACAUAACGACAUAACGAGUGCAGUGCGCGUGUGUGUAUAUAUAGAUGUGUGUAUGUGUCCUGGUUUCAUGGAUUUGUGCUUUUAUGCUGAUCUGAGACCAGUUUUUAAUUUCUAAAUAAAUAGUUUGUUCAUACACUCCAUAACUAGAGACAGGUUUAGUGCCUGAAGCGUUUUUGUUUGUUUGUUUUUUGUUUGUUUUUUUUUGUUUUUCCCAUAGCAAUGCAUUUUUAAAUCCUAUUAUUUAGUCUAGGAGGAAAACUGGAUUUAAUGAAAUUUACAGAUCUUAGACAACACUGAUAGUGUUCUGUUAGUGAGAUUACUUUCAAUACAAUACAAACUAAUAGGCAAAUUUUAAAUUUCACCUUGUAACAAAAUAUAGAAAUCUAAUUAAUCAUAAAUUAAUUAGCAAUACUACCAAAUACAUAAGAUCUUGUAGCUCUGUUUGGGUUUUAAAAGGUAAUAUCCCCUUUUGGGGAUAGAUGGAGAGAUAGAAUCCCGACAGCACUACAUUUCACUCAUAUAUGUAUUCUUUCUCUUAUUCUCUGUCCUGUUAUUCACAUCAGCAGUAGCCAAUAGCAUCUUUAAACUUGUGUAUGCAGAAGAGGGAAAAUAGCGCCACCUGUAAUUUGGCAUGAAGAGCAAUCCGGACAAAAGCAGUUAAUACGUUAGUGCUAUCUUCCGCUAUUUGUCAACACGGCAAGUAGGAAUAAGAUCAAAGAAUACUUGAUCAUAUAAUACCUGCUACAAAACUCUAUAGCAUAUAAUCACAGUUUGCUACAUGGAACUACAAUGGUACUUAAAUUCAAUCUGGUGAUAUCUCUCGCCAUUUAUUAUUAAUCUUGUUCAAGUGGUUCCCCUGAUUGAAUUUAAAUACAGAUUUCCAGUCCGAAAAUUCACCAUCUGUCUGAAGUCGAUUCCCAGAGAUACUGUUCUUAGAUCAGUCCUUUUUUUUUUUUUUUUUGCUGUUGGUGGUGGUAAUGUUUUUUCCUUUGGGGAACUCAAUGACACUGGUCUCAGAUCAGCAGGCAGAAAUCAGCAGAGCAGAGAGCAUAACAAAGACGAGUCAGCUGCCUUUAACCGAAAUGUCACUGUCAUAAGAAAAUGUACCAACAGAUGUGCAGGUGAGAUGAGGUACUGUUGAACAAAUGAAACUUAAUACAAUUAAACGCUUGUACAAAAA